AUGAGAGACGUUACCAGCCACAGGGAGCAGCAGGCGGUGCGGGUGCAGCUGGUGGAGGUGCUACUGCGGUGCUCGCAGGGGAAGAUUCUCAGCGUGCUUAUCGAAGCGGUAUGUGACUGUAAAGGAGGGAAUGUGCCUGUAGGUGUAUAUAGAGGGAAUAUGAGAGACGUUACCAGCCACAGGGAGCAGCAGGCGGUGCGGGUGCAGCUGGUGGAGGUGCUACUGCGGUGCUCGCAGGGGAAGAUUCUCAGCGUGCUCAUUGAGGCGGUAUGUGUGGUUCUCGAGGAGGGAAUACCCUUCCAGCCGCAAGGAGCCAGUACCACGGUGCCACCUGUGCUGGAAUCAAUUUUGAUACCCAAGGCUCCUUUUCCUGCGGUUCUCGCCUCUCCACUCUCUCGUUUCCCCUCGUCGCCACAGUACUUCCUCGUCCCUACCAACGACAAGGAGCCGGUACCACCAGUGCUGGAAGCGCUGCUGCCACCCAUGCUCUUCUGUCUUCCACUCCCUCUUCUCCCGUCCCCACCACAGUACUUCCUCGACCCUACCAAUGACAAGGAGCCGGUACCACCAGUGCUGGAAGCGCUGCUGCCACCCAUGCUCUUCUGUCUUCCACUCCCUCUUCUCCCGUCCCCACCACAGUACUUCCUCGACCCUACCAAUGACAAGGAGCCGGUACCACCAGUGCUGGAAGCGCUGCUGCCACCCAUGCUCUUCUGUCUUCCACUCCCUCUUCUCCCGUCCCCACCACAGUACUUCCUCGACCCUACCAAUGACAAGGAGCCGGUACCACCAGUGCUGGAAGCGCUGCUGCCACCCAUGCUCUUCUGUCUUCCACUCCCUCUUCUCCCGUCCCCACCACAGUACUUCCUCGACCCUACCAAUGACAAGGAGCCGGUACCACCAGUGCUGGAAGCGCUGCUGCCACCCAUGCUCUUCUGUCUUCCACUCCCUCUUCUCCCGUCCCCACCACAGUACUUCCUCGACCCUACCAAUGACAAGGAGCCGGUACCACCAGUGCUGGAAGCAACGGCUACUCAUGUUCUCCUCUUCCUCUCCUCUCUUUCUUCUUUGACUCCCCCCUCCCCUUCCCCACAGUACUUCCUCGACCCUACCAACGACAAGGAGCCAGUGCCGCCAGUGCUGGAGGCCAUUGCAUCAGACCUGCUGCUGCCACUCAUAACUGCUGCUGCGACUCAGCUUUCCCUCUCUCUCUUCCACUUCUUCCUCUCCUCUUCACCGCAGUAUUUCCUCGACCCUACAAAUGACAAGGAGCCGGUGCCGCCAGUGCUGGAAGCCAUUGCAUCGGACCUGCUGCUUCCCAUCAUGCCCCUCAUGCACCACCUCAUUGCGGCCCAGCAUCUGUCUCAUCGGACCUACAGCUGCCGCUCAUGCCAUUCAUGCCCCUCCUUUCCCUAUCUCGCCUCGCCUGCGUGCGUCUCAUGCCCCCCCUCUCCUCUCGCUGUACCCCAUGCGCAGCAGCCAAAUCCCCAAGCACCAUCCGCACAGGAUGAAGCUCUGCUGCUCAUUCUCAAGACUCUCCACCUCUCCGUUCAGAGCCACAUGCCAUCGGCCAUACGCAAGCACAUAGACAGCAUAGUCCCAGAGCUGCUGCUGCUGCUCUCGCACUGCCCACCCACCCUCGCAGCAGCAGCGGCGGCAGAAGGGCAGGAGGAGGGCGAAGUGAUGGAUGGGGAAGGGGAGGCAGAGGGGAUAGGUGCAGCCGCAGUGUGGGAGGUGCGGUUGAAGGGGUGCAAGCGCGCACUACAGAUCUGCCAUGCUCUGGCCAGUCGGCACCAGAAGCUGACCAACAAGCACUUUCCGGCCAUGGUUGAUGGCAUCACGGCCAUCGUCUGCAACUCGCUGUGGACCAGUCAGGGCUGGAAGGUGGUGGCUCCGCAGUUCGCGCAUCUCCUAGAGGCCGCCAUCUUCCCUGUGCUCUGCCUGCACCCCCAAGAUUUGGAGCUGUGGGAAGAGGACGAGGAGGAGUACGUACGUCGGAAUCUACCCACAGAUUUGGAUGACAUGGAUGAGAUUGAGAGCUAUGACCCACGGCAGUGUGCUGCUCACCUGCUGGCGCUCAUUGCCACCUCCAAGGUGUGGUGUGGUGUACCAUCACCCAGUUGCUGUUACGUACAUGCAUGA